AUGGACCGCAAAGGGAAAAGUCUAGUACGACAAGCUGUUAAGCAGAGACGCACCACGGAUGAGGAGGUCCAUUUCGAGCGAGGUGCUGCUGAGGCACCUCAUUCUCCUAUUGCAGCUCUUCAUAGUGCAUCUCCUGCUGCUCAUCAUGCUGUUCCUCCUGCUGCCUCGCCUCCUACUUUGGGUGCUGCCCCUCAUGCUGAGUUACGCAACUGGGCGUUGAACAUAGUGGAAGAAAGACCUCCAGUCAUUGCAGACAAAUAUACAGAUGCAGAUGCAGUCAAUGCAGUUGGAGAUCCAACAAUCAAUGCAGUUGGAGAUCCAGCGAGCGAUGUAGAUGGUCGAAGCUCACCUCCCGGUAGCCCGAUUGAACAUCAUCUUGCGCUUAUCCCAUCUUCAGUAGAGGUAGCCCAGCAUUCUCAGCCCACACCUUAUCCCGAAGCUCUACCUCUUCCGUCUGAGGUUGAAGAGGUACCUCAUCCUACGAGUAGUGGAACUACCACUUCCGUGUGUCCUACUCCUAUCCCAACUCCAGCAGAGGACCCCUUGCAUGGUGAGAUCAGACCUUCUGCUUAG